CAACUGGAAAACUAUUUAUUUGGAAGAAAUUUCUAAUAUUAGUGGACAAAGAAACUUCAGAUGUGGCUUUGUGUACAGUGAAUGAGAAUUGUCACGGUAGUAGAAGCUGGAGUGGUGAAAGGAAUAAUUCAGCUAGUGUGAGACUAUUUAAAGGUUCUCGCACGCUGUGCGUCUCAGGGCCAGUGGCGGGGCCGCGUGUGGUUCGUGAAAGUGGAAGCGGGGGUGGUGGUGGUGGUGGCGGUGGUAGCAGCAGUGGUAAUACGGGUAGCCAUGUGCAUACUCACCAAUAUCAUCGGCAUCAACAAGAUUACGUAGCAACAUCAGUACAUGGACAAGCCUUAGAUGAAACAAGUAAUGUUGAUGAAUCAAUGGUGCAUGCUGAGCGAAGUCAACCAUCGGGGACAUGGAUAUGCUGUGUACCUUGUUACUGGCUCAGACGUAGUGAAGCUGUACAUAAAGCUUUACUAACUUUUGCCAUGUUAUUGGUUACUAGUUUGCUAGUUACUAGUCCUGUUCUUUUUCUCAUUACCACUCUACCGGAAGGAGAUCAACCACGAGAUUGUGCUCCUUUGGACGAUGCAUGCAUUCGAGAACAAAACGGAUUAGAAGACUUGUGUACCACCGAAGCGUGCCAUGAAGCUUCUAGAAAAAUGUUGGCAUCAAUGAAUAGAAAUGUGGACCCAUGUACUGAUUUUUAUCGAUUCGCUUGUGGUGGAUAUAGUGAUCAUGAAUUUUUACUGUCAAGUUCCAGCUUUACGAUACUCCAGAAACAAGUUGAUCGUAAAAUACAGAAAUUAUUAGGAAACGAGACAGGAAAAAUGGUUGGAGUUUUCCAUAAAUUAGGACUAUUUUAUUCAUCAUGUAUAGAACACAAAAACAAGGAUGUUAAUUUUACACAAAUGUAUGCAAUCCUAGAAGAAUUUGGUGGAUACAUACCUCCAAGAAAUUCAGCUCCAUCUGAUAUAACACCUUUAGUGGCGAAUCUUCUAAAAAUUAAUGGUGCCCCUCUAUUUGACUUCUAUCUUGAUGUUGACCUUUACAAUCAUUCAAGAAUGUCUAUUUUUCUUGAUUUACCUUCGAAGCAUUUGGCAAAUACUUUUCCUUCGCAGAAACAAGAUACAAAUGGAGAAAUUAGAUGUCAAAUGAUUGAACAGAUCCUUCAAAAUUUUUUACCACAAAACAUGGGAAAGCGUGAACGGUCAUACGAAACCUACCUUCUUAUGCAAUUUUGCUUAGCUUUAAGUAAGAUUUACCCUCGUCAAAAAGAUUUGUAUGAUUGGGUUGAUGUGGAUCAAAGAGUAUACGUGCCUUACAACCUUACGUACUUGCAAGAUAGUUUCAGUUAUAUAAGGUGGAAGACGCUGUUAAAUUUCACGUUGACUGAAACUGAUAUAAAUAAUAAAUACAAUCAUGGGACCAUGACUGAUGACCAACUUAUUUAUGUAUAUAUUACUGCACCACGGUACUUCAGAAGUUUAGGAAAAUUGCUCAACCAGUUCUCUAAAAGAAUUAUUUAUAACAGCUUAUUAUUUCUGUACGCGGUGGAUACUCUGUAUGAUAUUGUCAAUGUUACUGCCAACGAUAAUUGGAAUAAUUCUUGUAAUAAAUUAACAAAAGUCCUUUUCCCUGAAAUGGUUGGUGCAGUUUAUGUACAGCAAUACAAACCUGAAUAUUUGGAAAUAUUGGCUGGUCAAGUUAAUCAUCUUUUCGAACGUAUAAAAGAGACACUAGCAGAGAGAAUAUUAAUUAAAUCAUGGCUUGACGAUCAUACCAGAGCACAAGUUCUUCUAAAACUUGCUCAUCUACGUGGAAAGUUCACCGUCUGGUCGGGUUUUUUUAACAAAACAUUGCUGCAGAAGGAAGCUGCUGAGAUUAUUGUUGAGACGGAUAAUUUCAUAAAAAACGUCAUGAGAAGAUUUCGACAAAUUCGCAGGCCAAUGGAUCAAGUCCUUCGAAGUAAUUUCAAAGAGAGGUGGCGAAGUCCAUAUGCCGUGAAUGCAUACUAUGAAUCUUCAACGAAUUCUAUAGUGAUACCACUUGCUAUGAUGACUGCGGUAUCUUGGUCUUGGGAAGGGGGGCCAGCUUAUUCAGCUCAUGCAACAUUGGGCUCAGUUAUUGCUCAUGAAAUCCUCCAUGCCUUUGAUCUGCAUCGCCGACGCUACAACUCAGAUCCAAUUUUAAAUGUCAAUAACUGGCUUCGGAUAACUCCUAAGUCUUGGAAUCAACUUGAAGCGAGGAUUGAGUGUAUAGCUAAGUUGUAUGCAAGAAGAUUUUGGAGAAAAAUACAGUAUUAUGGUGAUGAAGUUGAUGUACAAUUUGAUUGGAAUGUCACUAAAAACGAAAAUGUUGCUGACAUUGGAGCAAUACAAAUUUCCUAUCAAACUUGGCACACUUUAACAAAUGGCAGAGAUCGAACUCUACCCUUAUUAGAAGCUUUGCGUCCAAGUCAAAUGUUUUUUAUAAGCGCUGCCCAGACUUACUGCACUAAUACAAGUGCAGAUAGCAAUCUGAUUUCCAGCGAGCAUAACUAUCAUAUUCCAUCCCCAGAGAGAGUAAAUGUUGUCAUGAUGAAUUCGUUAUCAUUCGCUGAAGCUUUUCGUUGUUCUACCAGUACACGUAUGAAUCCGCCCAAUAAAUGCAGUACAUGGUGAUAGAUGAAUCAUUGAUAAAUUACACAAUGCGAUUAAAUGAAGUAGUAAUAAGUUAUUAUGUUAUAGACGAUAGAAUUGGCUUAAUGUGUGAUAUUUUUAGAAACUUUUUAUUUAUUCUGUUUACGGUUAUUAAUGACAUUGUUAAGUCAAUAGUUAUAAGAAAAAAGAUGAUGAAAUUACAUUAUCUCGAGUGACUUUAAUAUUGACGGUUGUUAAGUUAAGUGGAAGAUACAUUUAUAUAUAGCAAAUGUGAUAAGUAUUUUGUGACAUAAAAAAUUUCAAAUACAAUAUAAUUAUUGGCUACAAACUCAUUGAAAUUUUUAUUGCAUUUACUAAAGUCAAUUCGAAAAAAAAAAGUAAAUUAUUAUUGUGCUAAAAUAAUUCACUAUAUUUUCACGCCAAUCACAGUCAAUAUUAUUAGUGGAAUAACUUUGUAA